AUGGCAGUAACGAAAAUCAUUUUCCUGGACAUUCUAACCGUUCUUCCGGUGCCUACUUCACCAAACACAUGGAAGGUUAGGCUUACGCUCAACUACAAAGAACUCACUUACAGAACAAAAUGGGUCGAAACGACUGACAUCGAAUCCGUUUGCAAAUCACUCGGAAUACCACCUACAAGCAUGCUCCCAGACGGGACACCAAAAUACACACUCCCAGCACUAAUUGAUAACACCUUCACCCCUCCUGCCGUGCUCUCAGACUCGAAUCCUAUAAUCGAGUACCUCGAGCGCACAUAUCCAGACCCAGAUUCUUCUCGUGCAGUCUGUCCUCCUGCCAGCUGUGCUCUCCAUGCCAUCUUCGAGUAUCACGUUGCCCAACCCCACGGGAUCGCAUCCACUUCCGUCAACGUACCGAAGCGGCAUUUGGGGAAAAAACUCGAAGAUAUCGAGCUCAAGGGAAAAGAUCGCGAGGAACACUGGAAUAAAAUUGAACGCGCGUUUGACCUGCUUGCAACAUCUAUGCGGGCAAGAAGUGGCCCAGGCGAAUUAUUCACGGGAUCAAAUCUAUCUUUAGCAGACUGUACCUUAGGAGGUCUUUUGCUAGCUUUGCGCUACGAUAGCCCGGACGAAGCUUGGAUGAAGGUAUCAUCUUGGAGCAAUGGGAAAUGGAUACGUUACAUGGCUGCAUUGUCGAAAUGGACAGCUGUAGAGUAA